AUGUUCACGUUGCUGCUUGUCGCCUUUCUUUGCGGAGUCGCUGCCGACUCCGAGGCAGUGCGCCGUUCCUCCCUCCGAGGCAAGGAGUCCUCCGCCUCCUGGGGGGAUGAGCGUCGCCUUUGGGACGGCCGUCGGCGCCGGGAGCACGGGCACCACGAGGAGGAGCAGGAUGAGCACUGGGAGCAUCAUGAGCACCACGAGCACGAAGAUCACCGCGAGGACCAUGGGGAGCACCAUGAGGACGAGGACGAGGACCACUGGAAGCCUCAUUGGGGCCCACAUCCGGAGCCUCGAGAGUGCUUUCCGCAGUGUGACUUUUGCCAGAAUUGUGUCGAUGGCAUGUGUGUGGGCGCCCCCUGCAAGGCGCGGUGUUCAAUGUGCGACCCCUGCCAAACUUGCAAUGGCUUCGGCGAGUGCCUCGGCACAACAUGCGAAAUUCAGUGCGUAUUGUGCGACUCCUGCCAGACUUGUGUGGGAGGACAGUGUAUCGGCUCGUCUUGCCAAGACAAGUGUUUUUCGUGCAACACCAUGCCCAUGAUGUGCCCAGAUGGGCAGACGUCGAUUCCUGGCAGCUGCAUAAACGGCAAUUGCAUGCCAGGUUCGUGUGUCUAG